AGGGAUAGGUAUUAGCAUUUUCUUAAUACAAAAUUAACACUAAUACCGAAGCAUUAAAUUAUUUUUUUAACACUAAUGCCAAAGCAUUAAGUUAAUUUUUUCAUUCUAAUACAAAAGCAUUAAAAUUAGUAUUAUUUAAUGCAAUGCUAAUGCUAAGCCACCACCCCUAGUACUCAGGUUUUGAGUACACAAUAUAGAGAUGUAUACCAUGAUGCGCGGAGAAGUAUUGUGAAUUUUUUAACAACAACACAUUAAUGCACUAUUUUGAGUGACUAAAAGUAUUAAUUCUCAUAAAUACAUUCCUAAGCACAUGAAACCAUUUAUUCUAUUGAUUUUGAUGCGGCAUGUCGUUAGAAUCAUUUAGCGAUAUAUUGGUGUAUAUUUUCUACUGAAAAUUUCAAUAUCCUUCGUAUUCAAAAAUUUUUAUACAUCUUAUUUCUUGUUUCUGUUUUAAAUUAGAUACUGUGAGUUUUGGUAAAUUCAGAAUUCUGUAGAAAAGCAGUUAUAAUCCGCAUUUCUCAUACGAGGAUCCUCAGGCAAUUCAAUUGAAGUACUCUCAAAUCGACACAAAUAUAAUUAGUAAUUUACUCAAUCAUAGCAAUGUCUCAGGUGUUCAUGGAAUCGUGCGACGUUCUAAAUCUUACUCUAUUUAUUUAUUGCGUAUUUUAAGUAUUCAUUUUUAGCUAGAAAGGUACAUUUUCGAGUAUGUAUGUACAUCUCAGUUUCAGUUUUGAGUGGCAUUCAUGAUAACCGAUAUCAUGAAUGCCACUCAAAAUGAUUGAAAGAAUUCUUAUAUAUAAAUCUUAUAAUUUCCUUUACUUUUUUUACAUUUCAUCAUAGAUCAACAACACUUAUGAUUGCUACUACAAUUCAAAAUCUGUUACAUCUGUUGUAUGGAAACAAGAUAGUUUGGUAACUGGCUUGGUUCUUCUCAUCAUUGGUUCUACUGGAAUGGGAAUAGUACUGAUACUAACUGCAGUAAUAUUGAUACUUUCAUGGCUGCAGUGCUAAGAAAAAUAGUAAAGUUGUUUUUUCUGCAUAAUUUACUUUCAUAAUUUGUCAUUCAUACGGACAGUAAAGUUUUUGUGUUCUUCUCAUAUGUUUUAAAAUGUUUGAGUGUGGGUAUGGGUGUGAGUGUGUGGGUGUGGGGAUGGGUUUGUGGGGAUGUGGGUGUGGGUGUGGGUGUGGGCAUGGGCGUAUGUUUCUUCCUCGUCCACACCCACAUUGAUAACCCACUCCCAUACCCACACCCCAUACCUCACACCCACACCCAACCAUAAAGAUAAAAGACGAUGAAAAGAAUUUGAACUAUGUAAACUCACUGUAUCCAUAGAAAGUCACUCUUGCUUGCGCGUUCAAUCCGAAUUCCAAGCAGUACUUGACACUUAUACACUACAACAUAAACUAAAUGUGACGCAAGCCAUACAAGAAAAUUCUCUUAAGUGACGAUUUCAGAAAAGAGCAGCAAUGUCAGUCAAUUUUUCUUACCCGCAUCUACCCUAACAACACUUGCAAGUGUACCUUCAUGUGUUCUCAUCACAACAAAGCAACAAACUGCAUGAAGAGCCAGAGACAAUCGAACCACAUUCAUUUCAUUAAACCAACUUCCAUAAACAACUAGUACAGUAGCAUUAGCUCCACAUACGACUAAGACUUACAGAAAAUUCCAAGAAUACUGCUCCAAUAGGUUUUCCAACCAUACUCAACUAUCAACUUUUAUUUCGAAGCACAUACAGAGUACGUAUGCGUGCAGGACCCAGUGUAGUUGAGUGUGGCUGUGGCUAUGGCUGUGGGGUGUGGGGUGUGGAGUGUGGGUGUGGGUGUGAGUGUGGGUGUGGGUGUGAGUUGGGUGUGGGUGGGCGGGUGUUGGUGUGGGAUGUGAGUGUGGGUGUGGGGUGUGGGUGUAGAUAUAUUUUCAUCACAAACAGCCACGCCCAUACCCCACAUCCACACCCUUCGUUCACUAGUAGAAUGUAUUUAUGUAUAUAUGUAGAGUGCUAAAGUAAAACACAAUGUGACUAAUAAGGUAACAAGAAAAUCUCAAUAAUCUCAUCGUCUUUAUAUCCAAGUUUUUCCAUGAAUUUUGAAAUUACAUUUAGAGCAUGGAGAAAACAAAUUAUUACCCCAUGGUUCAGAUCAUACGUGGGGGAUCGUAUGAGUGAAAAAUGAACACUUUUGGGCAACGUGAUGGGAUGAAUUAUCGCCUCACACCCAAGUGGGACAUCACCCCGCGAGCAUCUCGGUUUUUCUCGUAGUAGUGAAUUUUGGUUUUGUUUUUGAUUCAAGAUCCAUUCAUUUGAAACGUAUUCAUACAUAUAGUACUCAAACUCUACUAUCCGACGGUAAAAAGAAAUUUGAAUCCAUGUCAUGUAUUUUUGAAAUGCCGAUCAAAAGAAAAAAGUGGUGCGAGACUUGUGACAUUCAUUGUAUAUGUUAACACUGUGAAGAAUAUUUAAUGGAAUAAGAUAAUUAAUAAUUUAAUUUGAUUAAUAAAUAUUAUAUUCAGCAAAUGAAUUUGAUAUUUUAAUUCGAACACUUCAUAUAAAUGUUCUUGAUGCAACAUUAUAUGAUUGAAGUUUAUUUCAAUUAAUUAUUGAUAAAGAUGAUCAAACUAAAAUAAAAUAUCUUAUUAAUCAAUAUCAACUAGAUCAAAUUCAUAUUGAUCAAUUAAUUUAA